GUCGCGUGCCUCGUCGCUAGCACUGCCUCAAUCGCUCGCGCAUUGUUCGCCCACCGGCCGCUUAGAACCUGGACUCAAGUCUAACGGGUGGUGUUUCACCAUCCAUAUCCGCGAAACAAGUCCCAGUCUACCUUCACCAUGGUCGUUGCGACAAUCAAGUGCGUCGUCGUCGGCGACGGUGCGGUCGGAAAGACAUGUCUUCUUAUCAGUUAUACCACCAACAAGUUUCCCUCGGAAUACGUUCCUACUGUCUUCGACAACUACGCCGUGACCGUCAUGAUCGGUGAUGAGCCAUACACCCUCGGUCUUUUCGAUACUGCCGGACAGGAAGAUUAUGACCGCCUGCGACCUCUGUCAUACCCCCAAACCGACGUCUUUCUCGUCUGCUUCUCCGUAACUUCGCCCGCUUCCUUUGAGAACGUCCGCGAGAAAUGGUUUCCCGAAGUACAUCACCACUGCCCGGGCGUGCCCUGCCUUAUUGUCGGCACACAAGUAGAUCUUAGGGAGGACGCUGCAGUAAAAGACAAGCUCUCAAAACAGAGGAUGGCACCCGUGAAGAAGGAGGAUGGUGAAAAGAUGGCGCGAGAGCUGGGCGCGGUCAAGUACGUCGAGUGUUCGGCGUUGACUCAAUAUAAGCUCAAGGAUGUAUUUGAUGAGGCUAUCGUGGCAGCACUUGAACCACCAGCAGCGAAGAAAGAGGGCGGCGAGAGGAAGAAGGGCAAAAAAUGUAUUGUCCUCUGAGAUGCUUGACCGGCUGUUGCGUUCGUACGAUCGCAUGCUGGGAGCAUUGGUUUGCAGAUAUUCUUUGAUUAGGCGUGAAUCUUUUGGAUACCUCUCGAACUCCGGCGCCAUUGUGGGUAGCGUUCUCUUUCAUCAACUAUCAACUUGUUCAUUUCUACUAUACGUCUUUUCUCUCGGCCUCGGCCAAUUGCAACAUAACGUUCAGCACACAGCAGGCAGACACGUCGUGGUUGUUGACGAGAGAUAGCGAACGGUGCGGAAGCUAGAACGGGGCAUUGUGCGUUCGGUA